UCCUAAUCUUGUAGCUUUAUUAUCUGGCAAGUUUCCUGCAGACUUACCAUGGAAUAGUUCGACUGAUGAGGAUAAACCAUUUGAUGAAUAUAAGUUCAUUUGGAAAAAAGCUGCCAAAAAAGGAUGUAGGACACUAUUUGCAGAAGAUGCCCCUAAGUUGGCAUUAUUUAAUUAUCUUAAGGGAGGAUUUCAUAAGCAGCCAACUGAUUAUUAUCCUCGUCCAUUUCAUAUUGCAUUAGACCAAGAAGAAUCUGUUAGGCAAAAGUUUUAUUGUGUUGGUGAUCGUCAUGAAUCUGAAAUAACGCUCAGUUAUUUAUUUGAUUACAUGGAUGCCUUUAAGGAUCGACCACAUUUUGCAUUUACAUUUAACACCCGACUGACACAUGAUGACAUCAAUUUAGCAGGAGUAGCAGAUAACAUUUACCUAAAAUUCCUGAAGAGAAUAAAGCACAGUGGGAAUCUCAAUAAUUCUCUUGUGCUGUUCUUCAGUGACCAUGGUAUUCGCUAUGGAGAUAUUAGGCAAGCAAACAUAGGGAAACUCGAAGAAAGACUUCCUUUUAUAUAUUGGAUAUUCCCAAAAUGGUUUUUAAAAAAACAUCCAGAAAUUGUUCAUAAUCUAAAAAUAAAUAAGCAUCGGCUGUCAACUCCAUUUGAUGUGCAUGAAACGCUUCAAAACAUCUUAACUGAUGGUCCCUUAGAAUCAUAUACGUCUGACCCGAACAAAAAAGGAAUGAGUUUAUUCAAGGUUAUACCUGAAACUAGAACAUGUGAGGAUGUGGGAAUCUUACCUCAUUGGUGUACGUGUCAAAACACGAAAUCUGUCAGUAUAACGGACACCACAGUGAAACAGGUUGCUAAUUUCACAAUUAGCACCAUAAAUAAAGAUUUAUCUCAUCUUCGAAAUUCCAAUUUAUGUGCAAUUCUUUCAUUGGACAAAAUAACCAAAGCUGAAAUGUUUGUCUCAACAAAAGAUAUUCUAAAGUAUGAUUGAGCUGAUGGUUUUGAUUCUGAUAUCAUAGUGACAGGGAAACCUAGUAUUCCAAUUAAAUAUUAUCAAAUAGAGUUCACAGCAUUUCCAGGAAGUGGGGUAUUUGAGGCAACUGUCCGUUAUAGUAAAGUUGACAAUAUCUUUGAUAUUUCAGGAUCGAUCAGUCGACUUAAUCGCUAUGGUAACCAGAGUGCUUG